AUGGUCGGCAAGGUCUCCGAGAGGGUGCUCCUCAGAGAGGGGCUGGAGAGAACCGACAAUGGCAUGAAAUUGACGUCGUGGCCUGAUGUUACCCCCAUCAACCAGAAGAAUUACUACACAGAUUAUAUGAAAAGGGAUGACCAGGUCCUUGCGCUGCGACUCCAAAGCGAUGCGACUCGCGACAGACUAGUACAGAGCGCCCGAGAUCGCGAUCGCGCUCUUUCAAAGCCUGCUAAUGGCGAGCUACCCCUACCACUGCCAGAUCUCGGCGAAGAGGAUGGAGCGGCCACUCCCUCAGGUGGAAUGGACCCAUCGAGGGUAAUUGUUAUUCACCCCGGAAGCCAAAACCUACGCAUUGGAUUUGCGAGCGACGCCCUCCCCAAGACUAUCCCGACUACGUUGGCAACCAAAUUCCCCCAGACCGAGUCCGAGAUGUACGAGGCCUUGCCCCGACGUCAGUUCGAGGCUAAGACCACGGAUCAACAAUAUGGAGAAGAGUGGUCCAAGAAAUAUCAGAAAAUGUGCAACGAUCUAAAGGUUGAAAUGCGUGCCAACAAGCGAAAAGUGCUUCCCAAUUCCAAGGAGUUGGUACAGACCUUUAACCGUCGUACCGAAGCCGAGAUCAUCCAGAGACACAAUGACGUUCUGGAAGUUGAAUGGACAGAUAUAGAAAAGUUGGAGGACCCAGAGUCACUGGCAUCUUGCUUCAUCGGGAGCGAAGCGCUGCGAGUCCCCGACGAUUCAAACCCAAAGUUCAAGCUGUGGUGGCCCAUACAACAAGGAUACUGGAAUGAGGAUGGAUAUACGAGCCAGGAGCACCUCUAUGACGAUUUCGAAACUCUUCUUGACAAGGCCCUACGUCAAGAGUUGGGCCUGAAGACAAAUAGCGAGUGGCAACAGUACAGCUGUGUCUUUGUUAUCCCCGAUCUUUACGACAAAAAGUAUGUGGAGCAGGUCUUGCGGUCCUGCAUGACCUGGUUCGAGUUUAGCAGAGUAUGCUUUAUCCAGGAAAGCAUGGCGGCCACCUUUGGAGCUGGGUACACCCAGGCCUGCGUCGUCGAUGUCGGUGCCCAAAAGACUGCGGUGACGUGUGUCGAAGACGGGCUGUGUAUAGACGACUCGAGAAUCAACCUCAAGUACGGAGGAUAUGACAUUACGGAAACGUUUAUCAAGAUGAUGCUCUAUGACAACUUUCCCUAUCAGGAAAUCAACUUGCGGAGAAGAUAUGAUUUCCUGUUGGCCGAAGAACUCAAGGCGAAGCACUGUACUAUGUCACAGGCAAACAUUUCGGUGCAGCUUUUCAACUUCCACGUACGAGCACCUAACCAGCCUACGCGGAAAUAUGCGUUCAAGACGUACGACGAAGUGAUUCUAGCGGCCAUGGGAGUUUUUGAGCCAUCAAUCUUUGACAACAGCACCAAGCUCAGGGGCCGAAGAAAACUAGUCGAGCGUUCCUACAACGCCUAUGAUGUGGAUAUUCCCGACGACCCGUCCUCUGCAGCACAGCUUGCAAUUCUGGCACUGUCACAGCCUGAAGUGUCAACGCCAAGCAAAGAGAAACCGUCCUUCAACUUCCUUUCCACCAAAGCCGAGACAGCAACGGGAACCCCCAUGGCGUCACAUGCUGGGUCGCCAGCGCCUGAGGGUGCCAACACUCCGGUUCCACCUCCCUAUGUUUUUGGAGCCAACAAGGAUGGUGUCAAUGGUGACAGCCCUGCUCCAGGUAGCAUCCGGGCGGCCGGCACACCAGUUCCGGGACAGUCACAAUCCACUCAACCGCCUCCAGGAAUGUUUGUGGACGCAGCUGCGCGGGGCUCCAAAGACCUGGCGACUGAAAGAGACGAGGUACUGCCUUUGGCGCCGCUGGACAUUGCCAUCCUCACAAGUAUUCACAACGCCGCUAAGGGCGACGAAAAGAAAGUUCGCGACUUGCUGGGCAGUAUCAUGGUCAUCGGCGGCGGCGCCAAGGUCCCACAGUUCACCGUGGUUCUGGAAGAGAGGCUGAAGGCGCUGAAGCCCGACCUCAGCGAUAGGAUCCUUGUCAGCAGAAGCGCGAGGGAUAUGGACGAACAGGUUGUAACUUGGAAGGGAGCAAGCGUCUUUGCCAAGCUGUCAACCAACGAUUCGUGGAUCACGCCGUUUGAGUUUGAAAGGCUGGGCGCCCGUACGCUCCACCACAAGGUGCUCUGGGCUUGGUAG